AUGUGUGAAAAAGAAAUUAAUAAUAAUAAUAAUAAUAAUGAAUUAACUGAAAAAUCUAAAGAGGAAAUUGAAAAAGAUGAAAUUGAAUACUUGGAAUAUUUAAAAUAUAGGAAAGAAAUUAUUGAUAGUCAUUGUCAUAUUCAUGAAGAUGUUGAACAUUUACAAGAGUCAUGUGAUUUACCAUUUAAAAAGAUAUUACUCAUGGGUACAACAGUUGAAGAUUGGGAUAAAAUUAACCAAUUAGCCGAUAAGAUCAAUGAUGAUAAUAAAAUCAUUAGAUGUUUUGGUAUACAUCCUUGGUUUGUUUAUAAUUAUUUACCACCAACUGAAUUAAUUGGUAAAAUAAAAGAAGGUGAUGGCAGUAAUGAUUCAAUAAUAAUAAGUAUUGACGAAACGUGGAGAAUUAAAAUGAAAGAAUUGUUACUAAAAUAUCCAAAUUCAAUAGUGGGUGAAAUUGGUAUUGACAAGGUGACAAAAGUUAGAUUAAAUGGAUUUAAUAAGAAUGACCAGGAGAGCCAAAUGAGGGUGUUUAGAGACCAGAUUGAGAUAGCCAAUGAAUUGGACAGAUUGGUUAGUUUACAUUGUGUACAACUCCAAGGUCAACUAUUAACAUUCUUCCAAUCACUUGAUAUUGAUAAAUUCCCACCUGCAAUUGCACUACAUACUUUUGGUGGUAAACCUGCUACAGUCGAUCAAUUUUGUAAAAUGGCAUCUGGAAAAGGUGAUAAAUUCUAUUUCGGUCUAUCAUUUAUAAAUUUAACAUUUUCAAAAGUUGAUAAACUCAUUCAAGCAAUUCCUGAUGACAGAUUAUUACUAGAAAGUGAUCAAAAUUCACCAACCCAAGUUGAUCAAUCAUUAUUUAAAUUAAUUCAAAAAAUUUCAAUUUCAAAAAAUUGGACAAUUCAAAAAACAAUUGAACAAACAACUUUAAAUACUUUAAAUUUUCUUUCAAAGCAAAUUAAAAAAUAA